GUGACGUCAUCCCUGCAGCACCGGACAGUGGUGCUUCGUUCAGGAAACAACCGACCCGAUUUGACACGCAUCACAUCAACUACAGAGCAGCACAGCACAACGUCACAGCACAGCAUCACAGCACGCAGGUUGUAUUUUACUACUAUCUAAGUGGACACAGCGGUCUGGAAUAACAUGGGGAACGUCCAGCCCACCAUAGUCCCAUAUGAGGACUUUGAUGUCACAGCUGAUAUAAAGGCUAUCAGAAAAGCAUGUAAAGGUUUAGGCACAGAUGAAGAGGCCAUUAUUCAGAUCCUGGCAAACCGCUCUGCAGCUCAACGUGUAGAGAUCAAGAAGGCCUACUUUGAGAAGUAUGAUGAUGAGUUAGAGGAGGUCCUUAAAAAGGAGCUGACAGGUAGUUUUGAGAACGCAACCAUUGCCAUGUUGGAGCCUCCAAACGUUUACUUCGCCAAGGAGCUGAGGAAGGCCAUGAAGGGGGCGGGCACGGACGAAGCUGUGCUGGUAGAGAUCCUGUGCACAGCCACCAAUCAGGACAUCUUGAGCUACAAGCAGACUUAUGCCCAGGUGCAUGAGCGUGAAUUAGAGGCCGACAUUGAGGAUGACACCAGUGGAGAUGUGAGGAACCUGCUGAUGUCACUGCUGCAGGCAAGCAGGGACGAGGGCUAUGAAGUGGAUGAGGGUUUAGCCGAACAGGAUGCCACAUCUUUGUUUGAGGCAGGAGAAGGCAGAUUUGGCACUGAUGAGUCCACCUUCAACUUCAUCCUGACACACAGAAACUACCUGCAGCUUCAGGCCACCUUUAAGAUCUACGAGUCGCUUUCUGGAACAGACAUUUUGGACACCAUUGACUCUGAAGCAACAGGAACUCUCAAGGACUGUUACAUUACUCUGGUCAGGUGUGCAAAGAACCCGCAGCUGUAUUUCGCCCGACGCCUUAACGCCGCCAUGAAGGGAGUGGGCACUGAUGAAGACACGCUCAUUCGCAUCAUUGUAGGCCGCUCUGAGUUUGACCUGGAGACAGUGAAGGACAUGUACCUGGAGAAAUAUGAUGUUACCCUGAAAGACGCUCUGGAUUCAGAGUGUGGUGGAGACUUCAAACGCCUCCUCAUCGAGAUCCUGCACUAAAACAUCUCACCUUCUUCCUACUUAUUUAACCAACGUGACAGUAUCUGUACCCACUCAUCCUUCCUCCUUCCCACUAUUCUUUAUACACCUUUUUACCAGUUUUACUCAUUCACUUUGUGGAGGUCUCUCUGACAGUCAGUUAUCAUUGCAGCAUGGACCAAAAACCAAGUCAUUAUUAUAUAUUAGAUUGUUUUACACAUGGCAAACUUACAUUCAUAGUCUUUAAAUACACAGUUUUGCCAAGAACAUUACACUCUCAUACAAUGGAGGUGCAUUGGAUGUGUGUUGUCCCUUUGACAACAUUAUGACAGCAUUGUGGAACUUAUAUGGAACUUGUGCAGUUGAGCAUCAAUGUUAGUCCAUUCACAAUCAGCAGUCUUUUUGUAUUUCAGCUGUGGUUCACCAUUUCAAGCGUAACCCAAAGCUGUAAACAUUGCGAGGCUGCUGCUGCUCCUCAACAUAGACUAUUCAAUCUCUUGUCAUCAUACUCUUAUCAUCAUCCAUUCAUCAACAUCCAUCUAUUUGCCUCAAAGAUACCUUUCAUAAGAUGAUAGCGAUGUUAUUUCACUUUUGCUGCAACACUUAAGUGCCGAAUUAUCACAUUUAAUAUUUGAUAACAGAAUACACUAGAGGAUUAAUUAUACAUAAAAAUAUGAUUACCCUGAUACCAAAAUCCUAAACUCGAGGAUGCGGUAUUUGGUUUUUGUAGUCAUAUCUCUAAAUGUUAUGUGGAAUUUGUAACUCAUGACGGUUUGUAGUCUUAUUUUUAGUAACAGCUAACAUGCUGCCAUUGACACACUUUGUUAGACAGUCUCAUUAAAAUUUACUACAUUUAUUUAAAUUUAAUAGUUAGAGUACUACAAAAUAAGUGUGUGAAACUUUGAGAUGUUUUUGCAUUUAAAAUCAUUCGAUGAUGAUAAUAGUAUUAAAAAAGACAAAUGUUUGCUCUGCUGUAGUACAGUCACUGAUAAUGGACACUCCGUCUGCAUCUCUGUAUGGAAUUAUAUCUAACUAUAUAUAUACUAACUUUAUUUAAACCCAAUAAUAAAGUAAUGUUUAUGACCAAGAUAUACAGUUGUAUUGUCAUAUAGCAAAAUAAUAAACUAAAUUAUAUGAAA